AUGAAUUCAGGAGGUAAAUAUGACCAUGAAAGACAACGAGAAGCCACCGCACAUUGGAUUAUGAUGCAUGAACAUGCAUUUAGUAUUGUUGAGGAAGAAGGUUUUCAUUUUAUGAUAAAGUGUUCUAAUAUUUCAUAUGAGAAAAUUAGUCAGAAGACAUUGAAGAAUGAUUGUAUUGUUGUUUAUGAAGCUGAAAGAAAAAAGUUGAAGUCUACUUUAAGGACAGUAAAUAAGAUUUGUUUGACCACUGAUUUAUGGAAGUCACAAAAUCAGAAGAUAGAAUACAUGGUGUUAACUGGCCAUUUCAUUGAUGCUGACUGGGUUUUGCAGAAACGCAUUUUUAGUUUUGUUCAUGUUCCUCCUUCUCGGCGUGGUGUUGAUAUUGCUGAUGCUAUCUUCAAAUGUCUUAAAGAUCGAGGUAUUGAAAAUAAAAUUUUUAGUGUGUCAGUGGAUAAUGCACAUUACAACGAUAGAUGUUUGAAAGAGUUAAAAGUUCUGAUUUUAAGGCACCGGAAAUUAGUGUUAGAUGGAAAGUUAUUUCAUGUGCGUUGUUGUGCGCAUAUACUAAAUUUGCUUGUUCAAGAUGGUAUUUGGAAAAUAGCAAAAAUAGUUGAAGACGUGCGUGAAAGUGUGAAGUUCAUCAAUCAGUAUGAAGCAAGGUUGCAAACAUUCUCACAAAUAGUUCAACAACUAAAGCUUGGUGGUAAAAAAUUAAUUCUUGAUUGCCCUACUCGUUGGAACUCCACCUAUCAAAUGUUGUCAGUUGCAAUGCAGUUCAAAGAAGUCUUCCCUCGUUUUCAAGAUCGAGAACCAAGCUAUACAACUCUUCCAGAUGAUGAUGAUUGGGAAAAGGUUGAAAAGGUUUCCAAGUUGCUAGAGGUAUUUAAUGUUGUUACAAAUAUUAUUUCAGGUAGUGAAUAUCCAACUGCUAACUUAUAUCUUGCUGAGGUAUUUCGAAUCAAACUAGUUUUAGAUCAAGCUAUCCAAGAUGAAUCUGAUUUUAUGAAAGAAAUGGCAAAAGCGAUGAAGGGAAAAUUUGACAAAUAUUGGAGCCAAUGUAAUCUUGUUAUGUCGCUUGCUUCUGUUUUGGACCCUAGGAUCAAAAUGAUGGGUGUUAACAUGUGUUUUCCCUUAAUUUAUCCGGAAGUUGAAGCUAGAAAAAUAUAG